AUGUGGCGCGGGAUUGCCGGGGCUGCCGUCCGGGCGGAGGCCCGUGUGCAGCCGGGCGGACCGCUCGGUCUUGUGGUGCGCAUCGUGGCCGGGGAUGGCCGCGGGGCCGAGGCGGGCGGCGGGUCCAUCCGUGACGUCGGCGGCACGCCCUGGCACCUCCGCCGGGGGGUCGCCGCGUCGACAGUGGGAUCAUGCCUGCUGGCCCGGUCGCACAAUCCGUCUGUGCACUUCGGUGUGCACUUCGGUGUGCACUUCGGUGUGCACUUCGGUGUGCACUUCGGUGUGCACUUCGGUGUGCGCUCGGGUGCCGCCGCCGGUGGCGGCCCCGGGGGUGUCGCGCGGAUGGCUUUGGGGCCCGGCGAUCACCGGCCAGCAUGUGUGCUGCGGCCCUUUGGCGCCAUGAUCGCCGGGCGGGUGGGCCGAUGA